AUGCAGAUCGUCCGAUCCGCUCAUCAGAGAGGUAUCGCAACGAUCCAAGGGACAAAAAUCUUCACCGGAACGGCAUAUAUAGAUCCCAUCUUCUCCGUGCCGGACAAUGGAAGUUGCAACUGUGCGAAUGUUACAUUUUUGCCAGGAGCUCGGACAUUCUGGCAUACACAUGAGAAGGGGCAAAUUCUAACAGUCACGUCUGGUGAAGGUCUCAUUUGCUCUGCGGGACAGGAACCUAAGCGACUUUGUGUUGGAGAUGUGGUUUAUAUCCCUGGGGGCGAGAAGCACUGGCAUGGUGCGACGGCGACGUCUACAAUGACACACAUGGCUGUAGCUAUUGGAGGCUGUGAGUGGCACGAGGAGGUUGAUGAAGAAGAGUUUGAGAGAGCAAAUUCAUCAGCUUGA